AAAAAGUUUCUGCGAAACAAAAUAAAUGUUUUGUUUUUUUCCUUUGCAUCAAAAUUGAUAAUUUUGGCGAGAAAGAAGACUAAAAGGUAGGGGAGUAAAAAGGGACAAAUCCCACCCGUCGUGUCUUCUUGUUCAUCCUUUGUUUCCCUUUUUUCUAAUUUCUCUUUCUCACUGUUUUUGGCUUACUUAAAGUCGCAAACUUUGCUUCCAAUUCAACCCAUCUCUCUUCCUCUGCAGAUUUUCUUCCCGUAGAACCAAACCCACAACGAGCUAAUCUCCCCCGUCUCUCUAUUUCUGCGGUUUCGGAUUCAAAUGGAAGGCGGUUCCGCUAGUGGGUCGGCUUCGACUUUGUCUAACGAUGAAAACCUCGUUGUCUCUUGCGAGGAUUCUUCUUCUCCUGGAGAGAAUGAGCUCGAGCUCGGUCUCACGUUGAGCAUAGGUCGAAAAGGUUAUCGAGACUGUAGGGUUUCUCACGGUGAUGAUUCUUCAUCUUCAUCAUCUUCUUCCCUGAGCAGAGCUAACGUAAUUGCUGGGGUCAAGAGAACAGCUGAUUCCAUGGCCGCAACUAGUGGGCAAGUUGUGGGAUGGCCACCGAUAAGGACUUACAGGAUGAACAGUAUGGUUAACCAAGCCAAGACAUUGGCCAUGGAAGAUCCCAACACAGAGAUAUCAAACAAGAAGAAUGUAACUGAUGCAACAAAGAUGAGAAGUUCGAUGUUUGUGAAGGUGACUAUGGAUGGCACUCCGAUUGGAAGGAAGAUCGAUCUGAAUGCUCAUAAAUGCUACGAAUCGUUGUCCAACACUCUCGAAGAUAUGUUUCUGAAACCCAAACCUGGCUCAAGCACACGAGAAACUGAUGGUCACAUGGAAACACGGCUAAAGAUACUACCAGAUGGGUCUUCUGGAUUAGUACUAACGUAUCAAGACAAGGAAGGAGAUUGGAUGCUUGUUGGCGAUGUUCCGUGGGGGAUGUUUAUUGAUUCUGUGAGAAGGCUCCGGAUAAUGAAAACAUCGGAAGCUACUGGUUCAGCUCAAAUGAUCUUAUGAAAGAAAAUAGAAAUCUACAAGAAAGACUUUAUGCUUGAAGCAAUAAUAAGACGGAUCAGAGAUUAAAGAGAAGACAAACCCGAUGUAAGAAGCUUCUUCUUUUUCUUCCUCUUCCCUACAGUUUUUGGCUCUGCCAUAUUUUUUUAGAUAGUUAUAUGUUUCUCUUUGUAAAUCACACUUAAAAAGCUAUAUAAGUAUAACAAAAACCCUGUUUUGGACACAAAACGGUUCAGAGCAAUGCACAAGUUAAUUAAGAUCUGUAAACAUGGGCAAAUGAAAUCAAAAGGAUCAUAUAGCUCUUCUACAUACAUAACAUGAAUCGAACAAAUCAGUUUACGGCCUUCUUGUUCUCGUUCCUAAAGAAGGCCAUUUACAGGUGAAGUACUAAAAACCGAUGUAUUGUGUUUCUCGGCCAAGCUACGGCUAGUAUUCUCUUCAUUACUAUUGCUUUUCCUCCUCGGUUUAGCUUCUCCGAGCAUCGAUAUCACAUCUCUCAUGGAAGGUCUGUCUUUAGGGAGCUUCGUGGUGCAGAGAAGAGCGAUCUGCAGAACUAAUAGCAUCUCUUCUUGAACGUAUCUGCAGUUUCCUACGUUAGGAUCUAAUGCUUCUUCUAGGGAAAUGUUGUCUCUUAUCUUGCUUCUCACCCACUCCACUAUGUCUACAGAUUCUCCAAACUCCGGCUCCAAUGGUCUUCUUCCGGUUAAAAGCUCCAAUAAUACGACGCCGUAGCUGUAUAUGUCAAUCUUCUCGUCCACCUUCAACGUGUAUCCGUAUUCUGGAGCUAUGUAACCGUAAGAACCGGCGACCAUUGAAACGGUUUCUUUCUUUCUGGCCAUCAUCCUGGCGAGGCCGAAAUCGGCGAUUCUGGCGUCGAGAUUCGCGUCGAGCAAGAUAUUGUUCGAUUUGAUGUCUCUGUGGAUCACCGGAGGAUGACAGUCGUGGUGGAGGUAGGCGAGGCCGUGAGCGACGCCCAGCGCGAUAUUGUAACGCGAGACCCAGUCAACGAGCAGCCUCCCGGCGGCGUUUUUGCCGUGAAUCGCGUCGCCGAGGAGGUUAACUUCGCCUACGAAGUCUCCGGUGGUUCCAUCCUCGAUGUCGGCGGCUGAUCUCCAGAGCUUCUUCACGGCGAGCACUGUGCUCGAUCUUGACAUCUCCGCUUUGUACACGAUUCCGGUGGCUCCCAUUCCGAUCAUGUUCGAUUCUUUGAUGCAUGAAAGGAUAUCAGAGGCUGUGAACCCUAGCCUAUGAAACGCCAUUAGUCUCCAAGGCCAUUCACCUUUGCUUGCCGUCUCGUCGCCGCAGAAUCCGUUGGAAUACCAUCUCUUGUACAGAGUUCUGGCAACGAUGGCGAGAAUCCCUAGGACUAGAACCGAUGCGAUCCCAAUCAACCAUCCGGCGACAAUUCGUUUCCCGUGGAAACUCCUGUGACCCGAUGUUGCCCCCUGGAACUUGCUACACGGCGGAAGAACGCCUCCGCAGAGACCGGAGUUUCCCCUCAGAUCAUCUGGAUUUAUGGUUCUGAGAAAUCCGUUCAUUGGGACUGGGCCUGUGAGCUUGUUGUAAGAGACGUUUAGGAGUUCCAGUGCCGGUGACGUUCCAAUGCUCUCCGGGAGCUCGCCGGUUAAUGAAUUGUUGGAGAGAUCGAGCACGGCUAAUGCAGACAUCGUCGUGAUCUGUCUGGGGAUUUCGCCGGUGAGUUGAUUGUUCCUCAGGUUGAGGCUCACAAGCUUCUCGCAUGAAGCAAUGCUGGACGGAAUCGUGCCUGUGAAACUGUUUGAAGAGAGAUCAAGACUCGAUAGCGAAGGACAAUCCUGGAACUGGUCUGGAAUUUCGCCGGAGAGAAAGUUUUCGGUCACCAAAAACGCCUGCAGAUUAUGGAUCGAGAGGAUCGUUGAAGGGAUGGACGAGCGAAGCUGGUUUCUGGAGAAGUCGAUGAAAGAAAGCGAAACGGAGUUCGAGAUAUCUCCAGGAAUCCCUCCGGUGAGACGAUUACCUGCUAGUUCUAGCCUCUGUAGCUUCUCAAGCUUGCCGAAGCCGAUGGGAAUCGAACCGUUUAGCAGAUUGUUCUGCAUCCUGACACGAACCAGCGACUGGCAAGUGGAUAGAGUCGCCGGAAUCUGCCCGGAGAAGGUGUUGUUGAACAAAAUGAGCUUGGUUAGAUUUCCCUUGCUGCACAGAGUGGAAGGAAUUUCGCCGGAGAAGGAAUUUGACGAAACGUCAAGCCAUUGUAACGGGGAAUUCUUCCCGAGAUCGCUUGGCAACUCGCCGGAGAGCGUGUUGUUCCAGAGCUCGAGGACUUGUAACUGCGCCAGAUUGCUGAUCGCAGGAGGAAUGGAGCCGGAGAGCCUGUUGCGCAUCAGGUUCAGUAGCUCCAGGUUCUUCAGCUCCGCUAUCUCCACUGGAAUCUCGCCGGUUAACGCGUUAUCGGAGAGAUCAAGAACCUUGAGCGUGGAAAUGCUACCGAUCUCUGGCGGAAUUUCACCGGUGAAGUUGUUCUGGUAGACGAGAAGCGUCUCGAGUGACUUGAGCUUCCCGAGCUCAGACGGAAUCUGACCACUGAGCUUUCCGAUGGCCAAAUCGAGGUACUUGAGGCUGUUGAUGUUCCCAAACUCUGGUGGGAUCGGACCUUCGAAUUCGUUGUACCCAAGAAUGGCUGUUUCUAGUGAAAGGAGUUCACCGAGAACGCUUGGUAACUCCCCGGUGAGAUUGUUUCCGGAUAAUCCGAGGAAUCUCAGCUUCUGCAGGUUCUUGAAGGAACUUGGAAGUGACCCUUGAAAGAAAUUUCCUCGGAGAUCAAGAACUUCUAAAGAGACUAAGUUCCCGAGAUCCUCCGUGAGAUUUCCAGAGAGAUUGUUUCCCGAAGCAUUGAGAUGAACGAGUCCAAGUGAUUCGUUACCAAAUAGAAAAAGAUUCCCUGAGAACGAAUUCUGGCUAAUGUCUACAGAUUUCAACGGAGGGAGCGAUUUCGGAAGCAGGGAUUCGAAUCCGUUGCAUGAGAUGUUAAACGAGGCAAGGCUUCUCAGCUGUCUGAUCGAAUCUGAGAUUUUGCCCGUGAGAUUCAUUCCCGACAGGUCCAGCUUCUCAACAUUGCCGUGGGAGUUGCACCAAACACCGGUCCACUUACAGUGAUCGCCGGCUUCUGAAAGCUUCCAAUCUUUGAGAAAGUUGAGAGGAUCGAUAAGAGUUGAUUUCACCGAGAGCAAAACAGAGAGCUCAUUGCCAUUGUCUAUGGAAGCUGCAACAGAGGAGGUAGAACCAAUGAAACAGUAAAAGAGGAAGAGAACCAAAACCUUCAUCUUCAGCUUCAUCGUCUUCCUCUGUCUCGUCAACUUCCACUGAAACUUGUCUCUUUAGUUCAUAACCAAGAACAAGACAAGUGAACAUGCAAGGAGGUGGAGGAGGAAGAAGAGUAGAAUAAGAAGAAACUCGGCAAUUAUAUCCUUGCUCUGUAUAUAUGUUUACUUGUGUUAUAUAAAGAAACAGACAUAUAUAUAUAUUGAAUCUUGGUUUUAUGUGGAUCUAGUGAUCUUUGGGCAAUGUAGGGGUUAAAUGUUCUAAGAAAAAAAAUAAACAAGAUCUUGGAGUUAUUUGAGAGUUUUCUUAAGACAUUAAACAUGUGAAGAGAAGAAUGUGUUUUUACAAUUACAGCUAAUCCAAAAUUGCGUUCGGUGUUUAAAAAUAAAUACAAAGUCAACUAUGAGUUGCU